AGUAGGACACUUGUUUCAACCGUUUCAUAUGCAUUAUAAGGAAUUUAUCUUUUGAUAUUAUGGAUAUAUUACACAUACAAUAUAACUCGGGUAGAUACGCAUAUUAAUAUUAUCAUUUAAAUGAUAAUACAUGUUUGUUUACACUUAAAACUUAUUCAUGUGACUUGCUAUCAAUCGAUUGAAACAUUUAUUUUUGUUGGAAAUAUACUAGGGGAAGUAAAAAAUACUGAAACAUCAUCAGAAUUCGUUGGCUCCAAAAAUUUUAAAGAUACCGACCAAGUGAGGACCAGAAGAGAACGCGACAAGCUUGUGAUGGCAUCGAAAAUGGAGAAACCAGGACAAACAACGAAAGGGAAGCCACAUACGAAGAAGCAAAAAACGGCAACAGAAUCCGAAAAUAUUUUAAAGGAAUUAGCAGCUGAAAAUCAAGCUUACCAAUUAGCAGAUCCGAAAAACGAAGAAUCAGGUAUUGCGCCACCUAUUAACCCAAAGGAUACUCGGAUGUUUCACAGGGAAUGUGCGCCCCGGAUAUAUAAUGUUGAAAAACACACGUAUGAAAUAGAUCAUCUUUUAUACAUUUAUAUCAGUAAACAGAACGACAUUAUCCUUGUUGGUAUAAAAAAUUUCUUUGCAAUCGCACCGAGUAGAAUCCUUAAACCCGGGAAAACAGGAAUAUACCUAACUGUUGACCAAUACUGUAAACUAAUCAGUAAGGGAGAUUCUAUUUCAAAAGCAAUCCAACAAAUCAAAGAAGACAAGGAAGGAAAAGGUUUGAUUAAAAUGGACGAAACGAAACUGACGGAGAAAGACAAAUCAGUUGCUGCUAAAUCAUGCUUCGUCAUUUCCAAAGAGAAAAAAGUCAAGGUUGAAUACGGAUCCCUUUCCGGUAGGCAACAGGUGGUAGUAGACAUCCGGGAGUACAGCAGACCAACGGAACAAUCUGGAGAGAUACCAUUACCAACAGAUAAGGGGAUCAACCUUACUGAAGAACAAUGGACUACAUUAUUAUCAUUGCAUUCAACCGUCAUCAAAGAUUUGGAAGAUAACUUUGGUUAUUCGGAAGAUUUCGCUGAUGAACUAAGUGCUUAGUAGAACAUAGUGGCUCAUUUUGAGGAAAGUUGUUUCUUAGAAUACGACUUUGAUGAAAACGUAUAAACACAGGACAGUUCGGAUAUCUUUU